AUGCCAGGCAAGCAGGCCGUAACUCGCAAGCGCCGGCGGAUGGCUGACCAGCUCUUCGACAAGCUGGCGCAUUUCGAGCAGCAACUGGACCGAUUUAUCAAUCAUGACGGCUCUGAGCCAGCCCUAGCGGCUAACAACUCUGAGUCUCCCGCCGAGGAUUGCCUCCGAGUGGAUGCGCCUCCUUCACCCCCUCUGUCGCUGUCCCAAUCACUAUCGAAACCAGCAGGGAAGGUGGUCCAAAGUGAAGAUGGCAUACGAUACAUGGACAGCCAUCUAGGAGCAGCCAUCCAUGAAGAGCUCCGAGCCAUCAGAGCCAUGCUUGAAGCUGAUGCGAGCCUGGGCGAGGAGAUACCACCUCAAGAUAUGGCUACAGGCAAUCUCUUUGCAGCCGAACUGGUGACGGCUUCCCUUUCCUCUAUCCAACCUAGCACAGUCCAGGCCUUUACGCUUUGGCAGCUAUUCUUGGACCGAGUAAACCCCCUGACCAAAGUGAUCCAUACCCCAUCCGUGCAGCCCUACGUGACAGAGGGAGAAUCCAGUAUAGAAACUGUCCCUCUAAAUUACCAAGCGCUAUGCUUCGCCAUCUUUACUCUAGCUUCCAUGUCAAUGUCGGAAUCGGAGUCGCAACAAAAGCUAGGAUGCUCGCGCCAAGAUGCGAUCAGAGACUACACACAAGGGACAGAGAUAGCCUUGAGGAAACUCAACGUCAUGAAGAACUUUGACAUGGUGGCAUUGCAGGCUUUGGUGCUGUACUUGCUCUCUCUCCGAAAUCGCCAUGGCAAGGACACGGCCUGGAUUGUAACUGGCACCGCUCUCCGGAUGGCCAUAAAGAUGGGGUACCAUCGGGAUGGUGAGCUCCUGGGCCUGUCUCCGUUUGAGACGGAGAUGCGAAGGCGCAUAUGGUGGCACAUCAUGCUACAAGAUGUCACCCACACCUUGACCUCGGCCUUGAGUUGCUCUCAGAUGCCCAUCAGCUGGGAUUGUAAAAUGCCUCGGAAUUUCAAUGAUGCCGACCUAUUCCCUGAAUCCGUCGACCCCGUACAGCCUCGUGAAAGCCCUACUGAGAUGGCUUUUUGUCUGAUCAACUACCAAAUUGCCAAGUCUAUUCUCUCUCUAGAGAGUCUCCGUGGCACAGCAGGGCUCGAGAUCGCUACUAUCUGGAACACUGAAGAUGUUGCAGGAAAUCCUGUCGCCUCUUCAAUCCUUCAAAGAUACAGGGAGGAUCUUGACACACUAGACCAGGCUCUGUUGGAUAUUGAACGCCGAUAUGUGUCUGCAUCUGCUGGCAAGGUCCACACCGCAGCUCUAAGCCUACGACGCGUCCUGAUCAGCAAAGGCCGAGAGAUGAUAGUCCCGAUGAUGGAGCAGCCCGAAUGGGGGAUUGAGAUUUUUACCGUCGAGGACAACCUCUUCAAGAUUCUUAUCAUCAAGAAUGAACUCUUCGCUAGCUUCGAUGAGCAAAUGGACUUGGCAGGCUUUCUCUGGUAUGCAAAGGUCCAGUUCCAAAGAGGCAACUUUGCUGUCAUGACCUCGAGGCUUCACCAGAAACCAGUUGGAGGCCUUUCAGAUAGAGCCUGGCGUGUCGUCGAGACGGUAUACAAGUUUCACCCAGAACUUUUCGACAUAAGCGACAGACCCUCGAUGGCACAAGCAUACAUCACCCUUAAAUCAUGGCAAGCUCGGCACGAAGCUUUGCUGGCGACGACUGGUUCCUCACAGACGCCAGAUUAUAUCAACCAGCUCCAGUUAUGCUGGGAUUGUUUUAGUUGCUCUAUGCCGUCGUGCCAGAAAUUGGAUCUGACGGCGCUACCAACCGGCGACUUGGGCCAACUGUCUGGGGAUAACUUGGCUUCUUUGGAGACGAACUGGACCUUGCUGGGAAAUUUAGAUCCUGGUUUGAAUCUGGAUCUGGCUGUGCUCCUCGGGAAUGACAGCGGAACGGAUGUAAACUUGAACGGGUGGGCUUGA